AUGUAUUCAUCUUCAAACUCUUUCCUAGGAGGUGCGAACAGCGCGCGUCCAGGCCCCGGCCCACUUGGCCAGCAGCAGUCCUUCUCCAAUUUCCAGCCAAUCCCCCAGCAGCCGCAACAGCAGCAACCACCCUUUGCGUCUCAACCCACCGGCUUCGGUGGAAGCUCUAUACAGCCACAGAUAACGGGAUUCCUGGGUCCGGGCCAACAGCAGAGCUUCCAAGCCCCUCCUCAACAACCUCAAUUCACUGGCUAUCCGCCCCAGAACCUGCCCCAACAAACAACCUCCUUUCAGCAACCACGCCUGCAGCCUUUUCAGCCUCAGCAGCCGCAACAGCCACAGCAGCCUCCAGCAGCUCCUCUGAAGCCUCAGCAGACUUCUUCGCAGAUCGCGCAAUCAUUCAGUACGGGGUCGGUUCCGCAUGCUUCGACGCAGGCGCAGAGCAAGCAGUCAAACAAGAUUCCCAACAUUAGACUGUCCUUCAUAACUGCUACCGACCAAGCAAAGUUUGAGCAGUUGUUCAAGAGUGCUGUAGGGAACGGACAAGCCUUAGAUGGCGAGAAAGCGAAAGAUCUGUUACUGCGCUCGAAGCUUCCAGGCAAUGUGCUAUCACAGAUAUGGAUUCUGUCCGAUACCACCAAGUCGGGCCAGCUUUUAUUCCCAGAGUUUGCGCUCGCAAUGUAUCUGUGUAAUUUAAGCCUGACUGGCAAGAGUCUGCCGUCAUCCCUACCAGACAAGGUCAAGAAUGAAGUUUCGAGUAUGGUGGACAUAAUCUCGUUCAAUGUUGCGGAUGAUCGAGCUGCAGCCGCAACACCCCCUUCCAAUGCCCCCAAUUUCGAAGCACCGCUGCGACAAAAUACGAUAUCACCUCCUGCACCACAGGCGCCUCAACCGCAGCAAGCAUCGAAUCAGCAACUACUCACCCAGCUCACCUCCCAGCCCACCGGCUUCUACAACCAAGCGACAGGUUUUCAGCCAAGCCUUCCGCCUCAGCAGCAGCAAACGGGGUUCAUGCAGAACCCACCAGCGACCGGCUACAGUGGUCCACGACCUCCAAUGCCGCCGAUGCCUAGCUCGUUCGUGAACAGCAUGUCCCCACAGCAGACAGGAAGUGGCCCGUUACAGGCUCAGCCGACUGGAAUGCCCGGCCAAUGGGGCUUUGUCAAUGCCCCGUCGACAGGACUGCCCAACAUUGAAGCGUUGCAGCAGCGCCUUAUGCCGCAAGCAGGGCGAGAGGGAGGUUAUACAACGCAAGGACUAUCCGGUACGGCGAAGGUGCCCUGGGCUGUCACAAAGGAUGAGAAGAGGAUCUACGACCAGCUUUUCAGGGCCUGGGAUGGCUUCAACAAAGGCUUCAUAUCGGGUGAUGUGGCGAUUGAGAUUAUGGGCCAAAGUGGUUUGGACAGGAAGGAUUUAGAGGCUAUUUGGACCCUCUCUGAUCCCAACAAUCGAGGUCGACUUGACAUGGAUGAGUUUGCGGUGGCAAUGCAUCUGAUGUACCGGAAAUUGAACGGUUACCCAGUACCCAGCCGCUUACCACCUGAACUCAUACCGCCGUCAACGAGGAACUUCAACAAUUCAAUUGAUACCGUCAAAUCCCUACUAUCGCAAGACGCAGAGUCACGGAAGUCUUCCGGUGCAUUUCUUCAGCCCCAGCGGACUGGCGUCAGCUAUCUUAAAACACAUUCCUUCCGGAGUGGUUCAAGCUCACCCUCGUUCGGUCGCAAAGACGCAACUGUAUUCAGGAACAACGACGACGACAUUGGCUACAAGUCUAGCGCUCGCCGACGAAUUGGCGCUGGUGGACGGACGCCUUCGCCGUCCCAUUCGGACGCGGGAACAUCCGAUGCGUCCUACGACGACAUGACUCUUGAUCUGAUUCGGAAGAAGAUUCGUGAGAAAAGAAUCCUGAUUGAUGCUACCGAUUUCAAGGACGAGAAUGCAGCUGAUGAAGAUGACGUGCUGGAUCGCAGAGACAGACGGGAAGCGGAAGACCUGUUCAGACAGAUCAGAAGACUUCAGGAUGAUAUUGACAGCCACCCCAACUCUGCAUUUCAUUCUUCGGACUCUGGCGCAGAACGACGUUCCAUGCGCCGAGAACUACAACGCUACCAAGACCGAAUACCGUCGCUUGCGUCAGACGUGCGCAAGUUAGAGAGAAGUAUUGUGGAGGCGAAGCUGGAGUUGUUCCGGUGCAAGGAUGCCAGGGCUCAUCCAAACGCCAUGGCUAAUAUAGUUGGUACUGGCCCUGGUGGUGAAGUAACAGAAGGUGAUCGCAUCAAGGCUCGCGCCAGAGCCAGAAUGCAAGCGAGAGCUGCUGAGUUGUCUGGUCGACCUGUGCCUGCUGCCGAUGAUGAAGGUGCGGCGCAAAGAAGGCUCGAAGAAGAGAGUUCUCGUAUUAGAGCUGAGCAAGAACGGAACGAGCGUAUGGCCCGUGAUGUGGAGGACAGCGUCAAAGACUUUGCAUCUGCUCUCGAAGAUGGUCUACGGGAUCAAGGCGAGAGCGCAUCCCAGGAGCAUGAGCGCAGACGCUGGGAGGAAGCUUUAGGGGUUGAGAACGAGGUUAAAGACCUCAUCUUCGACCUGCAGCGUGGCAGCAGAACCGCACGCGUUAGGAAGGACGAACAAAAUUCCAGAGACACUCGAACACCAUCAGCUCCCGUUGAUGAAGGGAAAAGGGCGGCUACAAAUGGAAGCCUUCCUUCGAGAUCUGUUGCUCCACCACCUCCUGCAUCCUCAUCCUCAUCCUCCUCCUUGACCACCGGCAACAGCCACCAAGAUCGUAUCGCUUCAGCUAAGGAGAAGGCUUUGAAACGCAUUCAAGACCGUAUGGCUGCAGCUGGACUGAAACCAGCCGGUGAAGCAGGAGGGGAAACCCUCCAGCAACGACAGGAAAGGGAGAAGCAGGAGCGAGAAGAGCGGUUGAAGCAAGCAGAAGCUGAAGAUGCCAAACGCGAGCAAGAAAGACAGCAACGCCUUGCUAGUGAAGGUGCCGCGCGAUCGCCCUCGUCUGCCAAACCCAGUAGCAAGAAGCCUCCUCCACCGCCGUCGAGGAAAGGCAGGCAAGACAGCGUAGACCUCAGCAACGACAAGAGGGCGGCUGAUGCAGCUGCCAAGGCCAAGGCGGACGACGAAGCAGCACAGGAGAUCAAAGCAGAGCAACAGGCACAGGAAGCCACGCGUAAACAGAUUGAGCUUGAGACGAAGGCAAAGGAGGACGACUUUGAGAGAGAACAAGAGGCUGCGCAAGCUCGACUGAAGGCUCUCGAAGAACAAGUGCGGCAGGGCAAGAUCAAGAAGCAGGAAGAGAAGGCCCGAAAGAAGGCGGCUGAAAAGGAAGCCAAGGAGAAAGAGGCCAAGUUGGCAGCCCAACGAGCCGAGCUAGAAGCCGCCCGAGAAAGAGAAAGACAGUUACAGCUCCAACUCGAGAGCCUCGGAGACGACUCGUCCUCGGAUGAAGAAGGUCCGCAGGAAAUCACUCCGCAAGAUACCACACCUUCGACGAGCCAGGUCUUGCCGACCACUGCCUCGAUGCCCGCCCCAGCACCGGCUCCCGCUCCUCCUGCUCCUCCCGCUCCUCCUGCUGCAUCAUCAACGAGCAGCAGCGUGCGGGAGGCGACCCCACUGAGCAGUCCGCCAAUGACGAACUCCACACCUGUGGUCGAGCAAUCUAGGAAUCCAUACUUCAAGAGGAGCUCGGUGUCUUCAGAACCGGGGCCCCCUGCCGCUGCUCCGCCCGUGCCGCACACGCAGCCGUUCCCGCCACCCGCUGCGGUUUCCUCUACGAAUCCAUUCCACCGUGUUGCUCAGCAAGAAGCGGCUAAGCCGAUGGUGCCCACAUUCACAGGAGCGCAGUCGCGCCGGCGACAGGAGAGCGACGAGUGGUCCAACGUCGACAGCGACAAAGAUGAUAGUGACAAUGAAGAUGAACCCCCGGCUGGGGGAAGUGCCAAACACCUGGCCAGUAUUCUGUUCGGAACCAUGGCACCACCUAGACCUCUUUCGGCGCAGGAUAACAGCAAGCCAGCAACCCCUGUCCAGGAUGCGCCUUUACCCCCAUCCACAAUGCCUGGCUCUUUCGAUGAAGCAGAAUUUUCGGAAGUCUCUCGCUCACCCCAAGUGCCCGAUAACACGCCUUCACCGCUCGCUUUCCCGCCUCCACCACCACCCAUGCCUAGCACUGGCGCGCCAAGUGCGCCCCCACCUCCACCACCCCUGCCCGAGAGUGGUGCUCCGGCAGCUCCUCCACCUCCUCCACCACCUCCUCCUAUGGUGCCGCCUGCGCCAGGAACUACUGUUCCACCCCCUCCGCCCAUGCCAGCGUCUGGUGCAACGCCUGGUGGAGGUGGUGUGGGAGCGUUGCUUGGCGAGAUUCAGGCUGGGAAGGGCUUGAAGAAGGUGCAGACGAAAGAUCGGAGUGUUUCUGCUGUCGCUGGAAGGGUGUUGGAUUAG